GUUGUCCAGGCGCCCGGGUGGUCGAUCGAAUAAACAAAAAAGUAAAAACGUCAACACAAGUAAACAAAACAGUCGUCAUCAUUGAUUCUUUCAGGAAAAUGUCCAAAGUGACCAAUGUUAAUUCUAGUUUAGCAUAUGAGAUACUUUUGUAUCUAAACAGUUUUUAUCUUGGGAUGUUUUUCGUGUGUGAAGUGGCCAUGGGCAUUUUAAAAGCUAUCAAUGUGUCUUAUCCUGAGAACGCGCUGUUAACUGAAGCCGGGAUAUUUAGUGCUCUAUGUCUUGUGGAAGUUAUCCGCAUAUUUUUGGGACGAAGAGGAAAUUUAGCGAGCAAGAAAGUCCCAGUGUUCUUCUCAGUAAUCUUAACCAUGCCCUCUGCAGUGGGUGUUUGCUACUUCCUAAUAUACCAGACAUACAUACUCCGCCUGGAGUACAUCUGGUGUGCUGUAAUGCUGAUGUUCCAUGCUCUAGAACUGGCCUUCGCAAUCCUGUUCAUUGUAACAGUGUGUAAACAUCAGCAGUAUGAAUAAAACUGUUAGAACCUCCUUGCCAAAAUGAUG